GAUUAAUUUUGGCACUGACUCCUCGGCACUUCUGACGCUACGCACCUGAACUAUGACAUGUUCACAGAAUAUGUUCUGGAAAUUUCAAAACACGGAAGUGCGCUUUCUGCUGGUCAUCUUGGCACCAAACGGGGUUGUGACGGCACAAAUUUUUCGACAAACUUCCGCAUUAUAGAAUAAUGAAAAGGUGAUUGUCUUUAAGACGUAGCAACUAAGGGCAAUUAUUACUUGACAUUUUCAAGCGUUAUGCUAUAAAGCAAGAGAAUUUCAAGCAAAUUAUGUUGUAAACAAAGGCUCUUAUAACAGCCAAGGUGAUGAAAUUCUACCGCAAGUGUUCCGUUUCUGGUGACCAGUCUACCCCCUGUAGCUGACUGGCAACUGAUCACGAUUUUGCUAGAGAAACAUUGGCACUGACAGAGUUCUUGGGCUACCAACAACGAUCGCAUGUGCUAUAGGUUCGUAUCAUAAUAUCAUAAACCAUGCAUGGUAAUUGGCAAAACAGUGCCCGAUGCUUUACAUCAUUAUGACAUCUAACAAAGGGUUUUGUGUUUUGAAUCAUCCCUUAUUUCAAAACUGAUUGUGAAAUUUUGAAGGAAAAGGACAAUAACCAGUCACAUCAACACAAUCUCACGACCAACAAUUCGACGAAUUCUUGAAAAUGGAGAAAAAAACAAGAAGCUUGUUUUACUUAAACUUUGGACUACUACUCCUGUUCUCGGUUGGCUGUCUAGCAAAUGUGGGGAUUACCUGCGACUUCUCGAAAGUUGGCCUUUGGAAAACAUGUGGUUAUUCAAACUUCACCCAAGAACAAUGUGCAAAGCAAAACUGUUGCUUCGGAAGCAACUCGUUUGUACUCAGCAAAAAUCUUUCUCAGAAUUGCGUGAAACCUCCAGACGCGUUUGAAUGGAAAAAUGGAACCUGUCACAAAUACAACGGCACAGUCUGUUUGAAAUACCUGGGGAACCGCACACUUGGAAGGGAGGUAUUCUUUGACAUUCGCUAUGGCGUAGCAAGCACUGAAGCGAUUUUGAGACAAUUCAUUCGAAUUUCCGAUCUCUCUGUUAAAGGAUCUCAGCUCUGCAGACAUUUGAUACCGACUGGUGUAUGUCAAAUGAUGUUGCCUUUAUGCAAUGCGGAAAGUCGCCCGGAACUUUCUUGCCGAGAAGACUGUGACCAGAUUCAUCAGUUCUGUCCCAAAGAUAUCGAUCGUUUCUAUGGUGCUUUGGAACUUUUCGUCAAAACCCAGGAUAUCAAUUUCUCACAUUUGAAUAUCCCAACAUGCACUGAUUUCAGAUACUCCUACGAGUAUGAUUAUAAGAAGAAUGAAUCUUGCACAUUUGUUGGAGGCAGUCUACCAUGUUCCAAUACAUUGUCAUCUACCUCUGGAGUUAUACGUCACUCGAUGUCACAAGGAAAGUACUUGCCAAAUCACAAUUGUACUUGGAAAAUAAAUGUGCAGACCUCUUUCCACGUAAAGCUGACUUUCACGAAGUUUGAUAUUGAAGCCAGCAAAGACUGCAUGAAAGAUUACGUCAUCAUAAGAAACGGACCUUAUUUGAAAUCGUCUCAAGUUAGCCGUCUAUGUGGCAAAGAUCUUCCACCAGUUAUUACGAUAAGUAACAAUGAGGUGUUAAUCCAAUUUGUUACUGAUGCAAACAAACAGGCCUCUGGAUUCAUUUUGAAUUAUGCACAAUUCACACCAGACACCAAAUCAGAUUCUGUGUCCAUUUCAAAGCAAAACAUUAUAAUCAUUGCUGCCUGUGCUGCCGCUGCUUUUCUGGCGCUGCUUUUAUUUAUAUUCUUGAGAUGGAGGUGGAAUAAAAGGCAAGACUACAAACGACAGGAAUUAGAAAAGGAUAUGGAAUUGUUCACAGGUUUCACAACAGUCAGAGAUCGCAUACGUCAAGAUUCAAUGCCGAAUCCGUUGAUGGAAGCUCUGUCACGUAUAAACCCAGAACACAAGCCUCCACAGUGUCGUUUAGACAGAGUAGAAUAUGUGAAAGAUCUUGGCCAAGGACAGUUUGGGAAAGUUUUCCAAGGGCGUUUCAAAUUGGGCCAAGACGCAGAAGAGAUCAGCGUGGCUGUUAAAAUGCUGAAGGAAGGAUCGUCAGCCGAGACAAAGGACUCCUUCAUCCAGGAAGUAACACUGAUGACCGUUCUUUAUCACCAAAAUAUCCUUAAGCUGCUUGCCGUGUCUACAGAGGAAGAACCAUUUUGCAUGGUUUUUGAAUAUAUGGUUAAUGGCGACCUCAAUACGUAUUUGAGAAAAAAUGAUCCGGAAAACACAGAAGAGACUGAGAAAGUUUCGUUGUCUACGGAUAACUUGGUAAACAUGGCCGCCCAAAUUGCCUCUGGUAUGCAGUAUUUAAGUGAAAAAAGAUUCGUUCACAGGGAUUUAGCGACGAGAAAUUGCCUGGUUGGAGAAGAAUCUGUAGUCAAAAUUGCGGAUUUUGGAAUGUCACGUGAUGUUUAUGAAUCUGAUUAUUACAGGGUUGGUGGUGCUGCCAUGCUACCCAUUCGCUGGAUGCCACCGGAAGCUCUUCUUUAUGGAAAAUUCACGGUGGAAUCCGAUGUCUACUCAUACGGCAUCUUACUAUGGGAAAUAUUCACUUACGCCCUACAACCAUUUUAUGGUUACUCGAAUGAUGAAGUCGUCAAGUUUAUUAAAAAGGGUGUUGUCUUACCCAAGCCAGAUAUCUGUCCAAACGAGAUCUACGAUAAAGUAAUGACAAAAUGCUGGUUCAAAGACCCUGAAAAGCGAUUGAACUUUGAGGAGAUUUUGAAACGGCUUAAAGGCGAUUACGAAUACGCUCAAGAACAUGUCCCUAAGAAGCCAAAGAAAGAUCCAGUACCAACGUACUCAGUUCCUCCAUCACGAGAACUUCAACCUGAGCCAACCACUGAAGGUGCACCUAAAAGAAUCCCGUCGAAAAAAGAGAGCCCGCAGUCAUCGCCUCAGUAUGUAAAUUAUCAAGUAGGAAAGGAAAAGCAAGGUAACACUAUAGAACUGAGAGCAAAAAACGGAGCAUUUCCAAACCCGUUGUAUGGAAAAUCAGUUAACGCAGAAGAUCUCUACGACAGGCCAAAAUCGCACUCUAUUAGUUCUGACGAUGGAAAUGACGAUAUUGGGAAAACAGUCGCGUUGCCAAAUGCAAGGAAUACAGUUGUGGCAGAUGACUUGUACGAUCGUCCAAAAUCAAACGCACGAGCUUAUCCUGAAUUAGAAGAACAAUUUGAAGGUGGAACAGUGCCACUGCCUGAAAGAUCCUCAAGGGUGAAUCUAGUGAAUGAAUCAGGAUACGCAAAUCCAGCAGUAGCUCAUGAAGAUGAGGAUGAUAAUGGAAUUCCAGCAACUGAAGAAGAACUUGAAGUAAUUGCAAGAAAAAGAUACGUUAGUCCAAAUGACGUCAGACGAUUGAGCAAAAAGGAAUCCAAGUCUUCCAUUGUAUCGAAUUCAUCCACAUAGAAAUCAGCACACCAACAUCAAAUUCUUCAUGAAAUACAUUUUGGGGUGGCACCUUUUCUCCAAACACCCAACAAAAUGACUGAUUUAUUCUUUUUCAACGAAUUGUCAAAAUUUCAAUCUUUCUCUCACUACCUGAUAUUAGCCUAAUCUAGGCGGUUCAUGUGUUCAGUCCCCCGUUCAAAUAUGCCCUAAGCGAUUUCUGUGUAUAGAAAAAUUAUCGUAAGGUUUGUAUAGCACAGUUUUUCAAAUAACAAGUAAUGAAUACUAUGGUAUGUGAUUACAGAUAUUUUGAUUCAAAAAAAUAAUAUUGUUUUACUUAAAUCAUCAGAAUUAGAGCUGUUUGAAUUUGCGAAAACUAAAUUUCUGAAACAAGCCUCCAUUACCAAAGAAUACAGACUAGCUCAAUUAGGAGAGAGGAUUUUAACUUUCUUAUUGUUGUUUUUGUCCAUUUGUAUAUUUUAGUCUUUUAUCUGCACCUUUUGCAAAUCACCAAAAAUUUUACGGACUUGAUGAUGUAUUUUACGGGGAUGUUUUAGUUAAACUUGUAUAAUCAACCUUUUUAUUGAUAAAAGCAAGGCCGAUUGUACAGUGAAAAUCACAGUUGUUACUUGCAGAAGGUUUAUUAAGCCAGUUUUGAUAAUGGAGAACCUCCGAGCUAUUUGGGUGCAGUUUAGAUAAAAAUUUAGCAUUUUACGGAUAAUUUCUAAAUUUUAAUUAAAAUCACAGUAAACAAUUUAUAUUUAGAAAUUUUCAUUCUCCAUUUGCAAUUUGUAGGUACAUCGAAUAAAAAUGUUUUUUUUUUCUAACAUUUCUUCAACAUUGCACCACAGAGGCAGUUUAA